UACAUAGGCAAAGCUAACUGAUUGUUCUUAGUAGACACUAGCGGCAGACCAUCAGAUACACAGUGAAGUCAAUCCUGUGGGAGCUUAGAAUGUAUUUACUACAAGAUUUCACAUCGCUACUGAUGUUAUAUGCUUUUUUCCUCAUCUCGUAUUUUUGGUUGAAGAGAUUUUGGAGAAAUGACAACCUUCCCCCUGGACCGACACCUCUUCCAUUGUUGGGGAACUUCCUACAGUUAGGAGUAGGAGAAAUAGUGACCUCUAUGACUAAACUCAGGCAGAAAUAUGGUGACAUAUUUACCAUCUAUAUGGGGUCUCGUCCAAUCGUGGUGGUCAACGGAUACAAGUUAGUAAAACAAAUCUAUUUGGACGAUGGAGAUGAUUACUUAAAUCGAGGAGACAUGCCACCUUGGGAAUCUUUCUACAAGGGUCACGGCUUGAUUUUUACAAAAAACAUAAAGAGGUGGAGGACACUCCGUCGGUUUUCUAUGCCUGUUUUGCGGGAUCUUGGCUUUGGGAAAAGGAGCACUGAAGACCAUAUUCAAGAAGAGAUAUCCCGCCUAGUUGCAGAGCUAAAGGAAACUAAAGAAUCAGUCUUUGACCCUCGGCACUGUUUCAGCAGAGCUGUUUGCAAUAUCAUUUUCUCCAUCAUGUUCGGAAAUCAUCAUAAAUAUGAGGACGAUGACAUAGAUACUGUUUUAUCUUGUAUACAUGACACAUUAGUUAUUACCAGCUCAGCCUGGGGACAGAUGUAUGAUAUGUUUCCUGGCCUGAUGAGAAUUAUUCCUGGUCGUCACCAGCAAAUAAAUAAUCUACUGAAGAGGUUCAGCCAGUUUGUAGAAACCAGAGUACAAAUUAAUCAGAGGACUUUGGAUCCUGAUAACCCAAGGGAUUAUGUUGAUGUUUUCCUCAUUCAAGUCGAAAAGGAGAAAGUUAACCAAGAUGGUGAAUUUAACAUGAAGAAUUUACUGGCAUGCACCUUACAGAUCUUCUUUGCUGGGGUGGACACUGUCAACACAACGCUAAUCUAUUCAUUUUUAAUUCUUCUGAAAUAUCCUGAUGUUCUUGCCAAACUACACAAUGAAAUUGACCACAUCAUUGGUCGACAUCGCAGCCCAACUAUUCAAGACCGAAACAACAUGCCUUAUACAGAGGCAGUGAUCAAUGAAAUGCAAAGAUUCACUGACCUGGCUCCAUUGGGUUUUCCACGGAAAACAAUAAAAGAGGUGAAGCUAAAAGGAUACACACUACCAAAGGAUAUCGAUGUUUACCCAAUACUGACAUCUGUGCUGAAAGAUCCGUCCUGUUUUAAGUACCCAACAGACUUCAAUCCUGAAAAUUUCCUCAACGAGAAGGGUGAACUUCAGAAGAAUAAGGCCUUCAUGCCUCUAGGUGCAGGAAAGAGAAGCUGCCUCGGAGAGCCCCUCGUACGAAUGGAACUGUUCCUCUUCUUUGUCACCACCCUGCAAAAUUUUAACUUGAAGUCCCCUGUGCCACGGGAAGAGCUGGACAUUACACCCAAUAUAUCUGGACUGUUAAACUUUCCCAAACCUUACAAAGUUGCUUUUAUUUCACGUUAACACGUUAAUUUAGGAGUGUAUAUUUACUAAAGUGAGGGUUUUUAGAAAUGGAUAAAUUACCCAUAGCAACCAAUCAGAAAGUGUUCGAUGAAAAAAUUAUUCUAAGUGAUUGAUUGCUCUGGGCAAUAUCUCCACUUCUAAAAACUUGCACUAUAGUAAAUACUGUAUACCCCUAAGUGUUUACUUUGCUGAGAAUUUAAGGUGACUUAUGGGUCUAUUUACUAAGCCUUGGAUAGAGAUAAAGUCACUGGAGAUAAUUACCAGCCAGUUGGCUCCUAACUGCUAUGCCCAGUGGUGCAAGUAGAAAAAAUGUCUUACAGUUAAUGUGAGCGCGCGCCGAAGGCGCACCCGGCAAAAAAAUGGGUGUGGCCAAAUGCCACAUGGGGUGUGGCCAAUGAAAAUGGGGGCGUGAUACACAUAUGGGGGGAGGAGCAGAUAUACGUAUGAUCCCAAUAGUGCCAGAUGCACGUUGCCCCACAGUGCCAGAUAUACAGUGCACCACAGUGCCAGAUAUACAUUGCCCCACAGUGCCAGAUACACAUUACCUCACUGUGCCAGAUACACAAAUGUCCCCAGAGGGCCAGAUACACAUUGCCUCACAGUGCCAGAUACACAAAUGCCACAGAGUGCCAGAUAUACAUUGCCUCACAGUGCCAGAUACACAAAUGCCACCACUGUGUCAGAUAUACAUUGCCCCACAGUGCCAGAUACACAAAUGCCACCAGAGUGCCAGAUAUACAUUGCCUCACAGUGUCAGAUACACAUUGCCCCACAGUGCCAGAUACACAAAUGCCCCCACUAUGUCAGAUAUACAUUGCCCCCCAGUGCCAGAUACAGAAAUGCUCCCACAGUGCCAGAUAUGCCCCCAGUGCCAAAUACAGAAAUGCCCCCAGUGCCAGAUUCACAUGUCCACCCAGUGCCAGAUAUGCCCCAGUGCCAGAUACACAUGUCUCCGCAGUGCCAGAUAUGCCCCCAGUGCCAGAUACACAUCCCCCCCAGUGCCAGAUAUGCUCCCAGUGCCAGAUACACAUGUCCCCUCAGGGCCAGAUACACAUGUCCCCCCAGUGCCAGAUAUGUAUGUCCUCCCAGUGCCGGGUACAUAUGUCCCCCCAGUUCCAGAUAUCCCCCCUGGGCCAGAUAUGCCCCCAGUGCCAGGUACACAUGUCCCGCAGGGCCAUAUACACAUGUCCCCCGAGUGCCAGAUAUGUAUGUCCCCCCAGUGCCAGGUACACAUGUCCCCCCAGUGCCAGAUAUCCCCCAGUGCCAUAUACACAUGUCCCCCCAGUGCCAGAUAUGUAUGUCUCCCCAGUGCCAGGUACACAUGUCCCCCCAGUGCCAGAUAUCCCCCAGUGCCAGGUACACAAGUCCCCCCAGUGCCAGGUAUACAUGCCCCACCCAGUGCCAGGUACACAUGUCCCCCCAGUGCCAGAUAUGCUCCCAGUGCCAGGUGUACAUGACCCCCCCCUGUGCCAGAUAUCCCCCCAGUGCCAGGUACACAUGUCCCCCCAGUGCCAGAUAUGCUCCCAGUAUCAGGUAUACAUACCCCCCCAGUGCCAGAUAUGCCCCCAGUGCCAGAUAUGCCCCCCAGUGUCAGGUAUACAUGCCUACCCCCCAAUGCCAGAUAUGCCCCCAGUGUCAGGUAUACCCCCCACCCCUGCUCACCGCUGCGCUCUCCUCCCCUCACAUCAGCGGCGGGGAGCGUCGGUGUGCAGCUGACGGAGGAAGGGUGUGACGGAGCGGCAAGGAUCGGCGGCCCGUCGGUGUGGUAACGGCAGACCCACAGCUAAAUUCUUAAGGGUUCGCCGUACCCACCCGUACCCGCACACUUGCACCACUGGCUAUGCCACAGGCUGUGCUGUAAAAAUGACAGUUAGGAGCCGAUUGGCUGGUGCUUUAUAUCCAGCAACUUUAUCUCCAUCCAAGGCUUAGUAAAUAGACCCCUUAAAUACUGUAUGUAAUUUUUUGUAGUCUUUGCUUGCUGCACUUAUAAUGUACAGUAUUUUGCAAUUUUUCUAAGUUUAUUUACUCUACAUAUGUGUGUGUAUACAAGCACACAUUAGGGAUGAACAGGUUCGGUUCUCAGAUCCAAAAACGAGGCAAAAUGUCAUCAUUCCACAGUACUGCCGUACACUACUGCUAUAUACCCUCUGUGUGAUUCAAAGCAAAAUAUAUAUUUCUAUUGGUGCGUCACUCUAACUACUAAUACAGUGGCUGCUGUACACUACUUCUAUAUCCUCUGUGUGUGAUCCAGAGCAAAAAAUAUAUCUCUAUUAGUGCGUCACUCAGUGAUAACUACCAGUAUUGUCAUACACUACUGCUAUAUACCAUCUGUGUGAUUCAAAGCAAAAUAAAUAUUUCUAUUGGUGUGUCACUCUUA